AUUAAAUCGUUAAUGGACACUACUCAACUAAAAACUAAAGUUCUCUAUGAGUAUACUAAGAAAAACAAAUAACUAUUGGACGAAUGGUCAGAAAAGACAGUGUAGGCAUUCUUAGAACAAACUAGAAAAUUCACAGAAGAAAUGUAUUCAGGAAAUCUAACCAUGGUCGAUGAUGGUUACAAUGAUACAUAAGAGCAAUUACAAAUACUUGAGAACUUAUUUAAGAGUAUAUGAAUCAAAUUGAAAUUAGAUUUUACAAAAACAAAAGGCGAUAUUCAUCACAAAUUGAGAAUUUCAUAUUCAAUAGCUAGAAGGUUGUAUAUGGAAAAUUUAUAAAAAAGAGUCUUCUAAGCACUCAGACAAUAAACAAAAUACUAAUUGUAUAUUCGCAGGAUGAAGAUUUUUGCAGCUAAUUAUUCAAAGUAAUAAUUAAUUAGAAUAACUUAGAUUGAGAGUGCCAAGGUAAAUAUUUACUAGUUGGAGAAAAUAAGCUCGUAAUAAGACUAGACAAGAAAUUCUCCAUUAAGUUAAUAGGAAAACUGAUAAUGAAAUACUGUAAAUGUAGAAGGAAUAUGAAUAGUUGAUUGCAUAAUUAGAAAAUGUAUUGGAGAAGAAGUUGAUUGAAUUGAAAGUAGAAGAAGAAUAACACAAAGAAUUAGUAUUAAGAUAUGAUGGCAUUGUUGAAAAGCGCACAGCCAUUAAACACUGA